AGACAUCUGGCCACUUCUCGAGUCACUUCUGUAGUCCUGCGGGCGCCAGCCGCGCGGAGCCCCGCCCGCCGCCAGCCCAGCCCCGCGUGCGGACCGGAGGCGGUCGCGCUCUGGCCUUCUCGCACUUGCAGUCCGCCGAGCCAGGCCGGAAAGCUACACGCGUCCGUCCGUCUCACGCCUACUCUCUCAAUUCCCAGCCGUCCAGCCCAUCCCACCGUCGGCGAUGUUUUAUUUCCACUGUCCGCCACAGCUAGAGGGCACUGCGCCCUUUGGCAACCACUCUUCAGGAGAUUUCGAUGAUGGGUUUCUGCGUAGAAAACAGCGCCGGAACCGGACAACGUUCACUCUUCAGCAGCUGGAAGCUCUUGAGGCCGUUUUUGCCCAAACACACUACCCAGAUGUCUUCACCAGAGAAGAGCUAGCCAUGAAAAUAAACCUCACAGAAGCCAGAGUGCAGGUUUGGUUCCAGAACCGAAGGGCUAAAUGGAGGAAAACAGAGAGAGGGGCCUCUGACCAGGAGCCGGGAGCCAAGGAGCCCAUAGCAGAGGUGACACCACCUCCGGUGAGAAAUAUCAACUCCCCGCCCCCUGGGGACCAGGCCCGGAGCAAGAAGGAGGCGCUGGAGGCCCAGCAGAGCCUGGGGCGCACAGUGGGGCCCACAGGACCUUUCUUCCCCUCCUGCUUGCCGGGGACCCUCCUGAACACAGCCACUUAUGCCCAGGCCUUGUCCCAUGUGGCCUCCCUGAAAGGGGGCCCGCUGUGCUCUUGCUGUGUCCCAGACCCCAUGGGGCUCUCCUUCCUCCCCACCUACGGCUGCCAGAGUAACCGCACGGCCAGUGUGGCCGCCCUGCGCAUGAAGGCCCGAGAGCACUCGGAAGCCGUCCUGCAGUCGGCCAACCUCCUGCCAUCCGCCAGCAGCAGCCCUGGCCCUGCAGCCAAGCCAGUACCCCAUGACGGCAGCCAGGACAAGCCCUCUCCCAGCAAGGAACAGAGCGAGGGAGAGAAGAAUGUAUGA